AAAAACGUCCAAUCAGCAUAAAUAAUUUCAAAUGACACCCAUUAAUAAGGAAAAAUGCAAAACACUCUACACACUGCUGCUAGACUACAUAUUUAUUAGUGUUGUCCCCAUACCAAUAUUUCGGUACCGGUACCAAAAUCAUUUGGGUACUUUUUUAAAUAAAGGGGACAACAAAAAAUGUCGUUAUUAGCUUUAUUUUAACAAAAAGAUGUUGAGUGUACAUGAAAUAUAUGUUUAUUAUUGCAAGUUUGGGUGUUAUGUUUUAUUUUGAAGUAUUAGUUUUAUUUUGAAGAACCGGAUGUCUGGUGCAGGAAGUGACUGCGUUUUUUUCGGAUACGUUUUCGGACUUUUGCUUAUGAGGUAAUAGUUCUUCAUUGCUCUGUGUUUCUUGUGUAAAUAUUAUUUCUAAACUCUCAUAAUACUUUAAAAGUAAGAAUAUUAAUGUUGUAGGUAUAAGUGAUGUGUUGUUUUAAGUAUUUUUUAUGCACCAUUUUGUUAAGUAAGGAUUAGAGCGUCGAAUGUUUGAAAUGUUUGGUCAUAAUUACACAUGGUAUUUACGCAGGUAUCACUCCGCCAGAAAAGUAGAGACCUGUGUAUGUGUUUCAUGUUUCCAAAACAGAUUGUCUUACCACCAGAGGAUAGUGGAUAUUGUCCCGCCCACCUUCUCGGCCCUCAUCCCGGCCAAUCCCAUCUUCAUCGACAAAUACACAGAAGAAAAGGCCUCUUCGUUGCUGGGCUAUCCCAUCUCCAUCACUGUCGGCAACGCCAUCAAGCGUCCAACGAGGAGAUCCUGACCGUCCUCAAAGACGUGCCCAACCCAAACCAGGACGACGACGAUGAAGGUGAGAGCUUCAACCCCCUGAGGGUGGAGGUAUUCUUGCAGACGCUUCUUCACCUGCCAGCCAAGUCCUUCAGCCACUCUUUCAGCGCCCUCGGAAAGUUUCACAAGAUCCUGAAGAACCUGGCGGAGAGCGACGAGGGCAAGCUGCACAUCCUCAAGGUGGUCUAUGAAGUGUGGAAGAACCACCCGCAGACGACCGCCGUUUUGGUGGACAAAAUGAUCCGGACGCAGAUGGUGGACUGCGCCGCCGUGGCCAACUGGCUCUUCUCCCAGGACAUGGCUCACGAGUUCACCAGACUUUACAUUUGGGAGAUCCUGCACUCCACCAUCCGGAAGAUGAACAAACAUGUCCAGAAGAUCCCGAAGGAGCUUGAGGAGGCCGAGGACAAGCUGGAAAAACAGCAACAUAAGAGGGUAGGUCAUCUUUUCCCUCCUCGUCGCACUCAUGCUUGUGGUGUUGUACGGCGAAAGCCACUUAUUGUAUCCUGUGGUGCACCCCAGGGGUCAAUCCCGGGACCAAAAUGAUUCAAUUCAUAUAUUUAACGACAUCUGUAUUGCCUCAAACUAAUACAGUAUACAGAUGACUGCAUUGUGCUCAGGGGAAAACACAGCAAGUCAUGAAAACAAUUACUGUAGAAUAUAAACAAACAGAUUAUCUUUGAAUUUAAGCAAAGCCAAAGUUAUUUUAUUGGGAAACACGCACAGUCGAGCAGGGCAAAUUCCCUGUGUGUUAAACAUACUUGGCCAAUGAUUCUCAUUCUGUAAAGAUACUUCAACGUAAAUAGGUGGCUCAGAUCAGGGGUGCCCCAAGCGAAUUGUAUUCAUAUAGCGCUUUCCUCUAGAGACUCUUUUAAAUAGUGAACCCCGUUAUCUACAUAUUUGAGAUACAUUUAAACCAGUGUGGGAGGCGCUGGGUAAAGUGUCUUGCCCAAGGACACAACGGCAGCGGGGCUCAAACCUGAAACCCUUCAAGUUGGUGGCACGGCCGCUCUACCAACCGAGUCAUGCCGCCACAACAAGUGGGGCCCAUGGACCUAUAUAUGGGUCCUUUAGUCAUUAAAUUGAGGUUAUUUGUGUUUCACACUUAAAAUGAGAGUGGCCUGAUCCUAAACUGACAUCGAAUAUCUGUGUGUUAUCAGCCAUAAAACAAGUAUCGGAUCAUAUCAGUUUGCUUGUAAAAUGUCCGAUACAAACAGUCCUGCAGAGUGUUUACGCGCGCAAAGCUGGCCAACUAUUUAACAUCUAAAUGUCCUCUAAUAAGCACACAAGGUUGGUCUUUUUUUCUAUUGAAGUCAGGUCAUUUAGAAGAAGUAAACAUGCGAGGCUAUAAGCUACGAGGAGAUAGCAGCUACAAAACAGUGAAGCCCACAAUAGCACACAAUACUCGGAUGACAGGGGAAGCAAAACUAGAACAGUGCAUUACAUGUUCAUAACAUGGUCACUACUGCCUACUUUCUUUUGUUAUAUUCUUCUUUUACUGUUAUAUUCUUAUUCUCAUUGUUGCUUUUUAUUUGUAUUCUUAUUGUAAUAGUUUUGGAUUUUCUUUCCAUUUAUACCCCCAUUAUUUGCUUUUUACUUUUUAAAUUCAAUCUCAAUUCUGUACACUGCUGUUGGAAUUUUAAUUUUCCUGAGGAACUCUCCUCAAAGAAUCAAUAAAGUACUGUCCAUCUAUCUACAAGCCAGACAUACGUCGUAAAUGUCCUUGAUUGAUCAAUAUUGCAGUGUAAAAUGACACAUUUUUCAAUAUAAGCAAGUAUCAAAUAAUUCUAGUUGCAUUUUACUUACACAUACAACAUUGCCAAAGCAGAAGUGAGUUAGCAAGUAUCCAGUAACAAUCAUGUCCGCAUCAUUGAACUAAUUGCAUCAUAAGCUUGACUUCACCAAUUAUUGUGACCAAUAAGUGUCGCUAAAAAACAAUAACCACUCUACUUAAAAGACCGUAUAAGUCCAUACCGGACGGUUAAUAAUAAAUAGGUUAGUGUUUUUUAUACCUACCAUUGUUCUCUUUUUACUUCAUUGCACUACAUCAUUCCACAAUACA